AUGACUGAGCUCACUCUGACCAAGUGUGACCUUAAAAAACAGCCGUUGAAGGUUUCAGAUAACGUUAGAGGAACAACAACAUCCGGUUACGUCACUUCCGUUCACUUCUUGUCAAACAUGGCGCUCCUCCUAAGGACAUUGGCCCGUCAGGGUGUCUGUCUCUCCAGACCACACUACAGUGUCUUCUUCAGACAUGCUGCUCCAAUGGGAACCACAGCUAAGGAAGAGAUGAACAAGUUCUGGGCCAAAAAUGCCAAAUUAAGCAGACCCAUGUCUCCUCAUCUCACCAUUUACCAAUGGUCCGUCCCCAUGAUGAUGUCCAUCACAUUCAGAGGAACAGGAGUGGGGCUCAGUGGAGCUAUCUCAGCCUUUGCCUUGGCGGCGCUGGUAUUACCGGGAAACUACCCCCACUACCUGGACUUGAUCCACUCGCUCUCCGUCGGCCCUUAUCUCAUUGGGUUGGCCAAAAUCGGCCUCACCUUCCCCGUGUCUUUCCACACCUUUAACGGCAUCCGCCACCUGUGUUGGGACCUUGGCAAGGGCUUCAGACUCCCAGAGGUGUACCGCACUGGCUACACAGUCAUUGGUCUGUCCAUCGUCACUUCUGUAGCCGUGGCUUUCUUCCUCUGAGCAGACGAGGAGGGGAGGGAGUCGAAGGGAAUGUGGACUUGCAUUCACUCUGGGAGUUUUGUGUAUAUGUCGUCGCCUACUGCAGGCACUGUUUCAUCAAUGUAUUAAAUAAAGGAUUAUAUUAUACUGUA